UUACUAGCAAUAAGUAAUCAAAUGUCAAAAUCAAAAUACAGCUAAUGAUGCUGACGUAAAUACAAAAUAAGAGGAAAAAAACAUCAAUAUCAGCAAUCACAAAAAGCAAGAGAAUACAAAUAUGUCUUUAAUCUAGACUUGAAUAGGUAAAUUGAAGGAGACUCCUUAAUAAGUUGGAGUAAGGAGUUCCACAGUUGAGGCGCAACAGCUGCAAAAGCCCUGUCUCCCCUUGUUUUACAUUUGGUAUGUGGUACAAUAAGAGACAACUGACCAGAAGAUCUUAGAUUUCUGGAUGACUGGUACAGAAUAGUGAUGCUCCGAUUGAUCGGCCACCGAUCAUGAUCGGCCGAUAUUGGCUAAAAAUAGCUUGAUCGGCGAACCCCAAAAGCGCCGAUCAAAAAAGCCGAUCACUUGACGUAAAUUACUCGCGCAACUUUUUCACACGUGCAUGCACGGCGCACAGGUAAACAACAGCAGAGCGGAGCUUACCAGUGGCAACAUGAGUUCUCCCGUCUGGAAGUUUUUCAAAGUGUCCGAUAAAGAUGUAAAGUUAGCCGUUUGCAAUGUAUGCCGUGAUGAAAUCCCUUGAGGUGGAAGCAAGCAACGGCAUUUUAACACCACUAACAUGAUUAGGCAUCUUAGAACACGCCAUACAACUGAAUAUGCCGAGUAUGAGAAAGUAAACCACUCUACUCUCGGGGAACAUUUCAUGUGUUGACCCUGGAGGUGUCAGGCAACAGUGCUGACCAAAGUGUCACUGCCCCUCCUUCAGUGUGGGGCGCCAAGUGUCAAGCGCUUGAUUCUUCAAGAUCUUGACUGUAGCCUAUUUCUACAGUUUUUUUUUUCUCAAUAUAGUUAAUUUAGAGUUAGUUUCAUUUCUACAAAUGGUGCAAACUCUGCUAGAUUAUAGAUAAAAGAUUCUCAUUCCCCUGCCAUUCUGUGAUCGGCAGUGAUCGGCAAUCGGCAGAUCAUGAUCUUGGUGAUCGGUGAUCGGCCCAAAAAAUGCUGAUCGGAGCAUCUCUAGUACAGAACACACAAAUCAGACAAAUAGGCAGGCGCAUUCCCAUGUAAUGAUUUAAAAACUAAUAGCAAAAUCUAAAAAUCAAUUCCAAAAUUGACAGGCAGCCAAUGUAGUGAAACUAAAAUAGGAGAAACAGAAUCAUAUUUUCUUGCUCCAACUAGAAAGCGAGAAGCAGCAUUCGGUACCAACUGCAACCUACGUAUCAAGGAUUUAUUGAUUCCACAGUACAGUGAUUUGCAGAAAUCCAGAUAAAAUAAAAUAAAAGCAUGAGUCGCUUUCUCAAGAUCCCCAUGAGAUAAAAAAAGGUUUGACCUUAGCUAAAAGACAAAGUUGAAAAAAACAACUCUUUACUACGGAGUUUAUCUGCUUCUAAAAUGAGAGGCGGCUGUCAAAAAUAACCCCUAGGUUACGGACAUACGGUUUGCUAGAAUCUGAAAAGGAACCAAAGAGUUCACGACCCUUUUGAAUUUUAGCAGAAGGAUCAAUAAUUAACAAUUCAGUUUUGUUUUGAUUAAGAUCGAGAAAAUUAUCAGCCAUCCUGGAUCUUAGUUCACAGAGACAAUUUUUCAGCUGGUUUAUUUCCAAGCUACUGACAGGAAUGUAAACCUGUGUAUCACCAACAGUGAAAUGGGAUGUUGAACUUCCUGAAGAUAGCACCUAUUGGUUUUAGAUAAAUUGAAAAUAAGAUCGGGCCCAAUAUAGAUCCCUGAGGAACACCACAUUUAACAGGUGCUGGAGACGAGACAGUAUAAUUGAAUGACACAGAGAAUUGUCUACCAGUGAGAUAUGAUUUGAACCAGUUAAGAGCAGCACCUUUAAGCCCAACCUGUUGUUCCAGCCUUCUUAGCAGAAUGCCAUGGUCAACAGUAUCAAAAGCUGUAGUGAGAUCUAGAAGGACAAAAACUGCCACCCCACCUGAUUCAACAAUGAGCGAGAUGUCAUUAAACACCUUCAGAAGAGCUGUCUGAACACCAUGGAAGCGUCGGAAGCCAAAUUGGUGCAUCUCAAAUAAAUUAUUAUUGUUAAGAUGACCAACUAGUUGAUUAUGAAUGAUUGUUUCUAAAAGUUUAGCCAGAAUAAUCAGUUGUGAAAUUGGUCGAUAGGCCAACACUCCAGGAUCUAGAUCUGUUUUUUUCAGAACAGGUCACACCACUGCCUGUUUGAAUAUGAUGGCACCACCCCCUCCCUAAUGGACAUAUUAAUAAUAACUAAUAAGAGAGGGCCCAGAACAUCAAAAUCUUCAACUAAAAGGCAUGGGGGAAUAAUAUCUAGAGGACAGAAUGUAGGUUUAAGUUUAACCACGGUACUCUUUAACUGUGAGAGUGACACAGCCUCAAAGGACUCAAAUGCAAUGUCAUGAUCAACAUCCAGAAGUGAAUAACCAGCAGGAACAAUCCCAGAUUGGAUAGCAUCAGUUUUACUGACAAAAUAUGAAAGAAACUGCUCACAUGAAAGAGUACUAAUAGAUCCUGUCUCUAACUGAGGGUAAAUAACUGCGUUAAUGGCCUUAUAUAAAACCCAAGGCUUGUUAGAGUGAGAAGUUUCCAAAUCGGAGAAAUAGUCUUGUUUAGCUUUGAUCACUGCCACUUCAAAACAAAGAAGUCCUGAAGAUCUGUUUAGACACAGUUAACCUGUCUUUCUUACAGCGCCGUUCAGUGAUUCUACAUUCACUGUGCAGCUGACAUGUAGUGUCAUUUAACCAGGGAGCAGGUUUUCCGUUUUUUUAAUAAAAGCACCAUUAUUUCCAGGAUGCCUAUACACCACUGCAGACAGCAAGGAAGGAGAGCUACAUACUUCAAAAAGUUGCAGUUCUAAAACACACUGUACAACUGCAUCGUUCUGUACAUGCCUGCCUCAUAAUGUGAGCCUACACCACAGUUCAAGCAGGGAGGCAUAAGCGAUCACAGCCAGGGGGCGGUCUCGGUCUGCAUGUCAUUAUUACAUCACAGUCAGGGGGCGGUCUCGGUCUGCAUGUCAUUAUUACAUCACAGCCAGGGGGCGGUCUCGGUCUGCAUGUCACUGUUACAUCACAGCCAGGGGGCACUCUGGGUCUGCAUGUCACUGUUACAUCACAGCCAGGGGGCAGUCUGGGUCUGCAUGUCACUGUUACAUCACAGGCAGGAGGCGGUCUCUGUCUGCAUGUCACUGUUACAUCACAGGCAGGAGGCGGUCUCUGUCUGCAUGUCAUUAUUUCAUCACAGCCAGGGGGCGUUCUGGGUCUGCAUGUCAUUAUUACAUCACAGCCAGGGGGCGUUAUGGGUCUGCAUGUCACUGUUACAUAAAAGCCAGGGGAUGUUCUGGGUCUGCAUGUCGCUGUUACAUCACAGCCAGGGGGCACUCUGGGUCUGCAUGUCGUUGUUACAUCACAGCCAGGGGGCACUCUGGGUCUGCAUGUCACUAAGGCUUCGCAUUCUAUGAAUUACACUCUGAAAUGUUAUCGUCUGCUGAAAUUUACAGGAAAUGUGAACCAUGGCAGACGUCGUCAGUCUGGAGUAUUAGAUUAUAAAACACUUGGCACUUGGCCAAAGAUAAAGCCCCCCCAGCGAGCAGGGAAUUUUUAAGCCAGGUUCCUUAGUUGGCUGUCAGGAUACCAGCCGCUCUGCGGAUAGGCCUCGCACUGCUGUGGAUAGGCCUUGCACUGCUGUGGAUAGGCCUCGCACUGUCCAAGCAGCUGCUUCACAUCACAAGGGCUGUAGCAUUUGGCUCGAAAACCUCUAUUUUAAGGAAACGUUUAAUAAAGAUAUGUCUUAAUAGUCCGACGUCUGCAGUGAAACCAUUUCUGAAGCUAAAUGUGCUCCUUCCAGACAGAUUCCAGACUGGAGUGAGUAAGUAUACCAAUUAUCAUGAACCCUUCAGGCAAACACUCACCACACACUAAGAUGCUACUUAUAAAAUCAGGAUUUAUGAGCACAUGACAUGAAAUAACCUGUUUGCACUAGAUAGGCACAGAUCUCCGGCAGAUUGUGCAAUAAUUAAAAACCAGAAUUUCCGUGUGAAAGUUUGUCCCUCUUGCUCAUCUGUCUAGUGCUCAAAUUUUUGUUUUGGUUUUACAACAACCAGUCCAUGUGCUGGAAGGAAAACUGUCACAAACUGCAAUAAAGAGCACGACCUUAACCAGUAAUCUGGAAAUUGUAUUUAUAUGGGAGCAAAAGUACACUAGGCAAGCAAUAAAUAAGACACCUGUGGUUUUAGUGAGCAACAUAAAAUAUCCACAAUCCACAGAGUAUGUGCUUCUAGUGCUCUGAAGCCCUUCUCUUCUGUAAAACUCCCUUUCAGCUGUGUAGGUUCUUUUAAAAGCACGAGGACUCGAACCAGUGCUGAAGGUGGAGCUUUAACCUUGUCAGACUCUGCUGAAGGCCUGAUGAAACGCUGCCGUGAAGCAAGCUGGGUUUUAGCAAGGAGCUCAGGGUCUUUCAUGGUACUGUUUCACUGGCACCUAACUAGGGCCAGUGAUAGUUCCAACUCUCCCACUUCAAGGCAGCAGCCUCUGUCCCCUGGAACAUUUUGCUGGGCCAAGCCCACCUGCCCACACUUGGCUACAUAGCUACUUAAACAUUAACACCAGGCUUUCGGCGUAACACAGGGCAUGCCAGUCAGAUAAAAGGCCAUUUCAAAGAAAAGGCACUGCCGUUGUUUGUUUUGACACACUAAUUAAACGGAGAGAGGCAUGCAUAUGAGUCUGAGAAGCCUUCAAAGGAAAGGAUGACCUCUUGAUGACUUAAAAAAAACCAGCCAUCUCAGGUGGUGUGUUGCUGGGUGCAUAGGCAUCUAAAUGGUUAUGCAAUAAAGUGAGAGAAGUGCAGAGUACAGUGUGAAUGUCACGCUACGGCGUGCAGGUGAGCGGGGAAGCAGCAGAGUAACCCAGGAAUACUCGAAAGGGGUUUUAUUCUGUGCUGACAACAAGUAAACAAGAAACAGCAUGACACCACAAUGACUGAUCUGGGGAAGACUGACUGAGACUCGGACUAAAUACACAAGACAAGGAAAAAGGAAUAGGCAACAGGGCUACAUGAGCUUGUCGAUGGUUUUUCUGGCUGCCACGCCGCAACACCACUGCGUUGUGGUGUCCUCCACAAACGGCGAGAACAUCAGCGACUACAUCCCGCACGAAGGGACGAUCGGGGACCGGGCGCUCAGCAGGUGCAGGCGAUACAAGCACCUCAAUCGGUCCGCGGCCGGCUGGGCAAACGAAACGGAGGGAUGCCUGGACGGAUGGAGGUUCAGCGCCGACACGUACAAGUCCACCAUCGUGACCGAGUGGAGUUUGGUGUGCGAAGAUUCGUGGAAGGCGCCUUUCACCACCUCUCUGUCAUUUUUUGGGGUGGUGGCAGGGUCGCUGAUAUCCGGGCCGAUCUCUGACAGGUUUGGCCGGAAGCUGGUUUUUUUUGUCAGUCUGGUGCUGCAGAACACAUUUGCCCUGCUUCAGGCGCUCUCUAGCAGCUGGGAGUGGUACUGCACCUUCUACUUCUUCGUGGGAAUGGCAUACACCUCCAGCUACAUGUCUGCCUUCAUUCUCGGUUCUGAGCUGCUUGGUAAGUCCACCCGCGUUUUGUUCUCCUCCCUGGGGAUCUGCAUCUGCUACGCUCUGGGCUACACCUGUCUCCCCAUCUUUGCCUACUUGAUCCGGGACUGGCGGAUGCUGCAAAUGGCUCUGUCGGUUCCUGGGUUCCUCUGCGUCCCACUGUGGUGGCUCAUCCCGGAGUCCCCUCGCUGGCUGCUCUCUCAUGGUCACGUGGAGGAGGCUACUGCCAUCAUCCAAGCUAUCGCCAAGAAAAAUGGUGUCAGCGCUCCAGAGGUUAUCUUCAAGAUGGACGAUUGCUCUCAGCCGCUGAGAAAAACAGAGCCUCAGAGAGUGUACACCAUUGUCGACCUCGUCAGAACAGCUAAUAUCAGGAACAUCACUAUCCUGAACACCAUUGUUUGGAUUGUCACGUCCAUGACCUACUACGGCCUUUCCCUGAACACCCCCAACAUGGGUGGGGACCCCUACCUGAACUGCUUCAUCUCCGCCGUCACCGAGAUCGUGGCCUAUGUGGCCACGUGGCUCUUCAUGAGAUACACCGCCCGCCGCUUCACCCUCAUCUUCCUCUUCCUGUUGUCGGGGGUGACGCUUCUCGUCAUCAAGUUCGUCCCUGAUGAGCUGGACGCGGUGGUGCUGGUGCUGGCCAUGCUGGGUAAAGGGGGCAUCACUGCAGCCUACUGCUUCAUCUACAUCUACUCCAUGGAGAUGUUCCCCACCGUACUACGCAGCACAGGCGUCGGCGUUAUCUCCACCGCCGGACACACUGCCAGUAUCCUGUCCCCUUACAUCGCCUACAUCGGAGAUUACAACAUGGUCGCCCCCUACCUCCUGAUGGGCGGCGUCACCGUCUUGGUGGGCUUCCUGAGUCUGCUGCUUCCCGAAACCAAAGACAAAGAGCUUCCAGAGCUCAUCAGCCAAGUCAGACCCAUCAUGUGCAAAUGUGUGUCAGAGGACUUAGACAGCUGUUGGACAGAGAUCCUGAAGCUGGAGACUGGAGUGGUCAAGACAGGCCGAGAUGGCAGCAAGUCACAUGACUAAAUGUCACACGUCACCAUCAUUCAAGCUGCUGUUCUGGACAAUAAAUAUUAUUCCUUUGGACUGGA